AUGCGUCUUCUUCGUGCUCGUUUGAUGGAAUUCGUGGGUCCCAAAGGUCGGUAUCACAGCUUCACAGGCAAACGACUUCCAACUACGUGUGCUCUGAUAAGUAGAAACAUAAAUGUGUCGUCGUGUUUAUGCCCGAUGUGUGGGGAGUUGCCAGAAUCGGCUGAGCACCUUUUUGUUUCAUGCGGGUUAGCUCAAUCGGUUUGGCAAUGGGUGUCCUUAUGGUGCAAGAUUCCACCGAUUUUUGCUUUUAAUUUGAAGGAUUUGCUUCAGCUUUUCAAGUUUGUGGGCGGUUCAGAAAAAUAUAGGAAGGCUUUUCAUGCAGUAUGUCUUACAACUAUAUGGUAUAUAUGGAAGGUUCAUAAUGGGACGCUUUUUAACGAUGUUCAGAUUCAUAUGCAAAAGUUGAUGAGUGAUAUAAAGUCCUUAAGUGUCUUGUGGGUGAAGUCUAGAUCAAUGCAGGCGGAUUUGGAAUUGGAGGGGUUUCAAGUUAUACCAAAUUGGAAAAAAAAGGUUAUGGGGACCCUAAACUAUAACCAUACUACUCCUAAACUACUGCUGUUCUUGCCUAUCAAACUAGCGGAGGUCAACAACAAUAGCAAAUGUUGGGACUAA